AUGACGGUGUAUGUGACGGUGUACUUGACGGUGUAUGUGACGGUGUACUUGACGGUGUAUGUGACGUUGUAUGUGACGGUGUACGUGACAGUGUAUGUGACGGUGUACUUGACGGUGUAUGUGACGGUGUACGUGACGGUGUACGUGACGGUGUACGUGACGGUGUACGUGACGGUGUACUUGACGGUGUAUGUGACGGUGUACGUGACGGUGUAUGUGACGGUGUAUGUGACGUUGACGGUGUACUUGACGGUGUACAUGAAGGUGUACGUGACGGUGUACGUGACGGUGUACAUGACGGUGUACGUGACGUGUACGUGA